UAUUCGCAUCAAGGAUGUUGCGGAUGCCAGCGUUUAGAGGAAAGCUGGCCACACUGUAACAGUAGAGGAAAGGAAACCGUGGUAAGAAGAAUUGGGUAAAAUGGGAAUUCCUCCCUACAAGUAUUGCUGUUAUCUACUUCAUUUCUAAGGAUUCGAUUGAUGCCAUUUCUGAGUUGCUUAAGAAUGAGAGAAAGUGUUUUUGAAAGACUGGUGAAACGAAGAAUGGACGCCAGAGUGGAAUGUGCUGUGCAGCAAAGGCAAGUCCUCCUUCUUUGUGUAUUUCUGGGAAUGUCCUGGGCUGCUGAGGAACCGUUAGUGUAUUUUGUGGAGGAGGAAGCUGAGAGAGGCACCCGUCUGGCCAACCUAGCACAUGACCUGGGGUUGGGGAUGGAGGAACUAUCAGCCCGGGAGCCUACAGUCAUUUCAGACCAGAAAAUAGGAUUUUUACUACUCGAUCCGCUUACUGGUGAUUUAUCUCUAAAUGAGAAAUUAGACCGAGAGGAACUGUGCGGCCCCAAAGAGCCUUGUGUGCUACCGUUCCAGUUGUUAAUGGAAAAGCCUUUUGAGAUUUUCCGUGCUAACUUAUGGGUUAGAGAUAUCAAUGAUCAUUCUCCAGUAUUUCUGGAUAGAGAGAUUCCCUUGAAAAUAUUAGAAAGUACCACCCCAGGGGCGGCAUUUCUUCUACAAAGUGCACAGGAUUCAGAUAUUGGAACCAAUAAUGUGAGAAACUACACCAUCAGCCCCAAUGCCUAUUUCCACAUUAGUGUUCAUAAGGGUGCAGAGGGGAUUAUCUAUCCUGAAUUGGUACUGGAUAGACCGCUGGAUCGAGAAGAGGUGCCUGAACUCAGUUUAAUCCUCACCGCCUUGGAUGGUGGCUCUCCGCCCAGAUCCGGGACUACCCUGGUGCGCAUCCUGGUUUUGGACACAAAUGACAACGCGCCUGAAUUUGUACAGCCUCUCUACAAGGUGCAGUUGUGUGAGGACAGCCCUGUGGGCUCUCUGGUUGUCACUGUCUCAGCUAGAGAUUUAGAUACGGGAAGUAAUGGGGAAAUAGUUUAUGCAUUUUUUUAUGCUACUGAAAGAAUUCUCAAAACAUUUCAAAUCAAUCCAACAUCCGGCAGUGUUUAUCUCAAAGCUGAAUUGAACUAUGAGGUAAUUCAAACUUACACAUUAACUAUUCAGGCCAAAGAUGGCGGAGGACUAUCUGGAAAAUGUACGGUGGUGGUUCAGGUAACAGAUAUAAACGACAAUCCACCAGAACUGCUCAUGUCAUCACUUACUAGCCCAAUUCAAGAAAAUUCACUUGAAACAGUCGUAGCUGUUUUUAGGAUUCGAGACAGAGAUUCGGGGAACAAUGCAAAGAUGGUGUGUUCUAUCCAAGACGAUCUCCCCUUCGUCCUGAAGCCAUCUGUAGAGAAUUACUACACCUUGGUAACGGACAGUCCACUGGACAGAGAGGAAAGAGCCGAGUAUAACAUCACCAUCACGGUCACUGACAUGGGAACCCCCAGACUGAAAACCGAGCACAACAUAACCCUGCUGGUGUCCGACGUCAACGACAACGCCCCCGCCUUCACCCAGACCUCCUACACCCUCUGGGUCCGCGAGAACAACAGUCCCGCCCUGCACAUCGGCAGCGUCAGCGCCACAGACACAGACGCGGGCGCCAAUGCCCAGGUCACCUACUCGCUGCUGCCGCCGCCCGACCCGCUCGUGCCCCUCGCCUCCCUCGUGUCCAUCAACCCCGACAAUGGCCACCUCUUCGCCCUCACGUCCCUGGACUACGAGGCCCUGCGAGCCUUCGAGUUCCGCGUGGGCGCCUCCGACCGCGGCUCGCCCGCGCUCAGCAGCCAGGCGCUGGUGCGCGUGCUCGUGGCGGACGCCAACGACAACGCGCCCUUCGUGCUCUACCCGCUGCAGAACGCCUCGGCGCCCUGCACCGAGCUGGUGCCCAGGGCGGCCGAGCCGGGCUACCUGGUGACCAAGGUGGUGGCGGUGGACGGCGACGCGGGCCAGAACGCCUGGCUGUCGUACCAGCUGCUCAAGGCCACGGAGCCCGGGCUGUUCGGCGUGUGGGCGCACAACGGCGAGGUGCGCACGGCGCGGCUGCUGAGCGAGCGCGACGCGCCCAAGCAGCGGCUGGUGGUGCUGGUCAAGGACAACGGCGAGCCGCCGCUGUCGGCCAGCGUCACGCUGCACGUGCUGCUGGUGGACGGCUUCUCGCAGCCCUACCUGCCGGCCCCGGAAGCGGAAGCGGCGGCCGCGGCGCCGGCCGACCCGCUCACCGUCUACCUGGUGGUGGCCUUGGCGUCGGUGUCGUCGCUCUUCCUCUUCUCGGUGCUGGUGUUCGUGGCGGUGCGGCUGUGCAGGAGGGGCGGGGCGGCCUCGGCGGGCCGCUGCCCGGUGGCCGAGGGCCACUUCCCUGGCCACCUGGUGGACGUCAGCGGCACGGGGACCCUGUCCCAGAGCUACCAGUGCGAGGUGGGUCUGAUGGGAGGCUCUGGUACUGGCGAGUUCAAAUUCCUGAAGCCGAUUCUCCCCAAUCUCGCAUCCCAGAGCAUAGGCAGGGAAGUGGAAGAAUAUCCCUCAUAUCGGAAUGAUUUGGGUUUGUGAUAAAAAUGAAAAAUACCGUUAUUGUAUCUGUGAAUAUAUUCCUGUUAAGAAAUUUAUCUCAAUUUACUUGUAGAGGAAUGCUUUCACAUCAUUUCAGGUAUUCCUAAGGUCAAAGAAUGAAUUUCUUCACACAGAAAAGGAUUCACCUUUGGCCCUAAGAACACAAAGCAUGGAUUGUCUAUUGUCAUCUUUUGCUUCAAUUAUGCUUUGUGUGCAGUCUAUUACAUGACAAAUCUUGUUUGAGACGUUUUAAAUUGGAAUUCACUGUCUUCAAAUAUUAUUGCUACUUUUAUUUUCUUAGUCAAUUAGAGUGCUGUGCAAGUACCUAAAUUAAAAAAAAACACUAUGCAAUAUAUACUUACUUUGACAUUUUCAAUUUUAUAAACCUAUGAUGGGAGGUAUUUUAAAAACGAGCAAACAUAUGUUCAUAGAGCUUCUUUGAGUUCACAAAGGUCACCAAGUGAAAAAUGGCAGAACUAAGCAUCUCUUAAAUCUGAUUCUGGGGCCUUAUUGUGAUGCUAUACUCUUUUCUCUUGUUAGAUAUCACCUGGCAAGUUUCUACCUAAUUAAAGAGAAAUCUUUUUCUCAUAUCUCUGUACAGUCUUUUCUGUAUUUGUAAAGAAUAAGAUGUGUAUUGUGGUUUUAUUUUCUUAUAAACUAACAAUACACUUUUUGUGGAUAAUAAUUCAAGUAUUAUUUUUAAAGCUGUGACCUAACCAAAUCUCAAAAGCAAUUGAAAGAUCUAUCUGUGGCUUCUUCUUGUUAUCUAAACCCAUGACCUGUAUUUCAUAGAAAAGAUUAAUGACCAUGAAUGGAAAUAUUAUACAAUUAUUAAUUUUAAUCACUUAUUAUUUCCCUCCCAUUGCAGUAAUUUUCCUACAUUAGCCCCUAUCUGCUCUUUUUAACACAUUUUUUCCUUUAAAUUGAAAGUUUAUUUUUAAAGUUAUAUUCAAUAGACUUCAGUGCUGAAUCAGGAAAAAGGGAGGAACAGAAUUUUACACAAUGAUAGAAAUUAAGACAUACUAUCUAAAUGUAAUGGAUGGUGGAUCUUGUUUGAAUUUUGAUUCAAUCAAUACAACUUAGAAAUAAUUAGAAAAGUCUGACUAUAAACUGAUAUUAAACAAUAUUAACCAUUUCUUAGGUGUGGUAAGGUCACUGUAGUGUUUUUAAAAAACUGAAAGUUAGAGAUGUAUAAUAAAAUUUUUACCAGUGAAAAUUUAGUUUGGGAUGUGAAAAUGUUGGGGAUAUAGGGUAAACAAUUAUGGCAAAAUACUGAUACCUGUUCUAACUAGCUAUGAGUACCUGGGAGUUUGUCAUACUACUCUCCUUCAUUAUGGGGUUUGAAAUUUUUCAAAAUAAAAGAUUUUUUUAAAUGGA